AUGCGCCUCAACCGCUCGGCGCCGGGCCCCCAGGGCGCGGCGGGCGCCAAACCCUUCCCGCUGCCGCCCUCGGGGCUGGAGGCGGCGCUGCUAGCCCCCGGCUUCGGUAACGGCACGGGCAACGAGUCCGAGCACCUGCGGGCGGCGCCCAGCAGCGACCUGGACGUGAACACGGACAUCUACUCCAAGGUGCUGGUGACGACCGUGUACCUGGCGCUGUUCGUGGUGGGCACGGUGGGCAACUCGGUGACGGCGUUCACGCUGGGGCGCAAGAAGUGGCUGCAGAGCCUGCAGAGCACCGUGCAUUACCACCUGGGCAGCCUGGCGCUGUCCGACCUGCUCAUCCUGCUGCUGGCCAUGCCCGUGGAGCUGUACAACUUCAUCUGGGUGCACCACCCCUGGGCCUUCGGCGACGCCGGCUGUCGCGGGUACUAUUUCCUGCGGGAGGCCUGCACCUACGCCACGGCCCUCAACGUGGCCAGCCUCAGUGUGGAGCGCUACCUGGCCAUCUGCCACCCCUUCAGGGCCAAGACCCUCAUGUCCCGCAGCCGCACCAAGAAGUUCAUCAGUGCCAUCUGGCUCGCCUCGGGCCUGUUGGCCGUGCCCAUGCCCUUCACCAUGGGCCAGCAGAACCGCAGUGCCGACGGCCAUCACCCCGGCGGCCUGGUGUGCACGCCCGUGGUGGGCACCGCCACGAUCAAGGUCGUCAUCCAGAUUAAUACCUUCAUGUCCUUUUUGUUCCCCAUGGUGGUCAUCUCCAUCCUGAACACCAUCAUCGCCAACAAGCUGACCGUCAUGGUCCGCCAGGCAGCUGAGCAGGGCCAGGUGUGCACGGUUGGGGACCAGCACAGCUCAUUCAGCAUGUCCAUCGAGCCUGGCAGGGUCCAAGCCCUGCGGCAUGGCGUCCGGGUCUUACGGGCUGUGGUCAUCGCCUUUGUGGUCUGCUGGCUGCCCUACCACGUGCGGCGCCUCAUGUUCUGCUACAUUUCCGAUAAGCAGUGGACCCCGUUCCUCUACGACUUCUACCAUUACUUCUACAUGCUGACCAACGCGCUCUUCUACGUCAGCUCCGCCAUCAACCCUGUCCUCUACAACCUGGUCUCCGCCAACUUCCGCCAGGCCUUUCUGUCCACCCUGGCCUGCCUCUGUCCCUUGUGGGGGCGCAGGAGGGAGAGGCCAGCCUUCUCCAGGAAGACCAACAGCGUGUCCAGCAGCCACACCUUCUCCAGCAACGUCACUCGGGAAACGCUGUAUUAGAGCGGAGCGGGGGGCCCGAGGAGGGGGCGGCCGCUUGGCCUCCACCCCCCCACCGUGGGCCCCCCGGCUCCGGGGGGCAGGAACGGGGCUCCGCAGAGGCCUCGGACCUGGCGCCCACCCCCAGGGGCCCUCAUUCCUUUCAGCGUCUCCCUCAGCCCGCCCCACCCCUCCCUCGGGGCCUCUUUGAAAGCCGGGGAGAGAUUGCUCCUCUCCGGGAUCCAGAAAGGGCCUUUAAUGAGGAGAAAUUAGUGGUGGGUGAAAGGCAGACUUCUUUGUUCCCACACCACUGGGUGUUCAGAGAGGACAGAAAUGAAAGGCACAGGCCUGGCUGGGCGGGCAAGGGGAGGCAGCGGCCCCGAGAGGCGGGGGCGCUGGGAGGAGUCCGGCUGGCGGGGCCGUCGUGGGCAUCCAGGGCUCCCGGGAAGCUUUGAUGUGUCCCGAAGGACAGCCCAGGGGUCGGCUGGGUCAGGCACCGGCCAGACCCAGGCCUCUCUCUCCUCCUCGCCAAGACGGCCAGGCUCUGCAGGGACGCCGGCCACCGGGGGCUUGGCCGGGAAGUCCUCGUGCUUGGCAGAGGCCAGGCCAGCAGAGUUCUGCGUCCUCACACCCGCCCAGCGGCCCAAGCCAGGCCGGGGACGUCCCCAUGGGCAUUUUUGCUCCCGCUGCGCGGGUGAGCUCCCUGAGGGGAAGGGGGGCUCCCUGAAGGGCAGAGGUGAUGGCCGGGUCCCAGAGAGGUGCCAUUUGCAGGGACUCAGCCACAGGUGAGGAGGAGGAGCCUGGGCGCCCUCAGCCCGCGGGCAGCCAGGCCGAGGCCCAGCGUCGUGGAUCACGGCUGAGCCCCGGGCACCCGGAAAGGCAGGCACCUCCUUGAUCUGUAAGAGCUGGUCUCUAGACAGGAUGGCCUGUCCUGGUCUUGGCCCUAGAAGGUCCCCUGAGCCAGGGGAAGCAGAUCCCAGAUGAACUGCCCUGGGUAAGCUGACGGGGAGCGGCAGACGGGCCCGGAAAAUGAAAUACAGGCUUUGUUUAAAGUAGGUUCUCACCGUCCUGAGGGAGACUGUCAGGCCCACAGCUGUGAGCUGCACUGACUCAGGACGCAGGAGGCCUGGUCCGCGUCCCAGGGCACCAGGACUCGAUCCCCCACCCAUAAAAAUGACAAGCUGGAGAGUCCCGUCUCCACGGCGGCUUUGGAUCUGGGCCCCUACGUGAACCCCACAGGAUCCUUCUCCAAGCCACAGGACCUUUCCCGGGCAGUCGGCCCACCGCCGGUCCGUGGCCAGGCAGCCCUCCCAUGACCUGGGGGCCACCCGCACAGGGGAUAAGGCCCGCCCAGAUCUCACACACAGGCACCUGCUCUGGGCGGGUGAGUGGGACCCCUGGGCCCUGCCAGGCAGGCAGCGAGUGGUCAUCAGUUCGGCCUUGUCCGGUGCCCAGGCAGUGGGCAUCGGACAAGGGCCUGGACUCCUCCUGACGGGCCCUCAGGCACCCCCCACCCCCUGCUGGCCCCUCGGGCACACCUGAUCCUCAGAGUCUCCGUUCUGCCCCCUGACGAGUGCGCGUGGUCGUUCAGCCCCCUCGGCGGGGCUGACGGUGCCGGUCCUGGAGGACCCAGCCCGGAAUGGACGGAAGAGACGGUUCCCUGGGGCGGGGGCAGAUCAACUAGGGAUGGGGGCCCCCACCAACCCAGGGCCUCCUAGACGCAGCUGGGCCAGGGUGUGCACUGCGGCCCCAGCCCAUUUUACUGUUGUGGUCCCCACGUUCCCCUGUGCACACUCCCUGCAGUUAGAGAUGCGCAGCCCCGCGGAGUCAGCGGCUGGCCGCGUCCCGCUGUGGCCCCCCAGCCGUUCUCAGCAGCCAGCGGCCUGCUUGGCUGCUCAGUAGUGAUGCUGAAAGCCCUUCAUGUCGCUCACACAGACAUGCCCCAGCCCUCACCGUGACAUCCCGCCGUCGGCAAGAACAAAGCCCCGAGUCUCUUAAUAAAGGAGACUGUGGCCCCCGCGGUUGGAGUCUUCUGUCGGGGGCCGGGAGGCCUGCUUGCACCCGUCUGUUCACUCACACAUUUAUUCAGCAGGCAUUUGCGGGCGCAGCAGAGGGCCCUGCACUGGGACCCUUGUACCCAAACCACGCGGGCUUUGCUCACGUCUCCCAAAGGCUGGGGACUGAGGGACCGCGAUCCCCCCAGCUCAGGUCCUGCCCCCACUGGAGCGUCAAGAAGCAGCAGAAGAGGAAGGAACUGGUGCAGAAGACCCCAUACGCCAUGGGGUCCCCUCGAGGCCUGGAGUCAGGGAGACCCGGGUCCACGCUGGCUAUGUGAUGAACACCCUGCCUGCCCUGAGCCCGUUUCCCGCUCCGUGGGCUGGGCACAGAGGGGGCCACAUGACGGGCCUGCACAGUCCUGCGAGUGGUGGACUCUGGCCCCUCCAGCCAGUCCAGAAAAUUGAGGGAAGGAAGUUGGCUUCCCGCCAGGGGUCAGUGGUUGGGGGGACACUUGGGAACCCAUCCCCUGACAGAGCUGCCCCCCUUGUCUCCUCUCCGGCUUCCCCUUCUAGGCCUUCACCUCUCGCCGGCAGUGUCCCCACGGAGUCCAGCCUGGGGGCGAGCAGCAUCGUCCCAGGCUAUGGGGCUGCAGGGAGGGCCCUCUGUCCUGCCUCCUCGAGUGUCCUCAGCCGGAGGAGCCGGCUGGCCUCAGAACCACCGCAUACCUGGAGGCCAGCUUGCCAGGCCCAGCCCACACCGUGUGCACGCACAGAAGCUCCAGGACGCGGGGGCCUGCGCCUGCAACAGCUUCUCUUGCAGAGUCCCACGCCCGUCCUUCAUGCAUUCAUUCACUCACUCAUUGAUUCAGCUGCUGGGUGCAGAGGCCCAUGCCUGUCCUUCCCUUCAUUCAUUCAUUCACUCACUCACUCAUUCACCUGCUAACUGCUCCUCAAGGCCUGGCUUUCUCAAAGCUGACUUGCUGCUCCAUAUUCUGAUUGGCACAGGGAGGAGGUGUGAGGCUCUGGAUGCUCCCAGCUCUGCUGUAGGAGUCACCUGCCCCUCGUCAGCAGGGGAGUCUCAGGACUCCCCUUCACUCCCAGGGUGAGGGGCUCACUGGCCAGCUCCAGUAGGUGCACUGACAUCCCACAAAAAUAUCCAAAGGAAUGAAACUCUAAUGGUAGAAUUCAGGGCAGCCAAGGAGAGAAAAGUUGGGGGACAGUGGGCAGGCAGUCUGCAACCCUGACCGCAGGUCCGUGGCACUUUCCCAUGAGUCCAGAGCCCUAGACAAGCUCCUCCUGCAAGUUUCCUGAGCUUGGAUCCCCGUUGCUCCUGUGCACAGGAGAGGAAUCCACCCUCCCGGCUCUCCUGGAGGCAUCCUGGCCUAUUAGCAUCACUAGGCAACAGGAGGAGGGCUUGGGAGGGAAUUCCAUACGUUUAAACAUACACUCGAAGGAAGGAAAACGCGGCCGUCGGCCGUCGGCCGUCGGCCUGGGCCUGCCGCUGGAGCCUGAGCUCGGGACAAGCUCCCCCCACACCCUCCCCCUCCUCCCACUGCCCCAAUUAUGAUUUGAAUUCCAGUUUUUAUCAGAACUCCAUGGAAACCAGGUCCAGACUGAAUUUAUGAAGGGAAUGACGGUGUAGGGACGAGGACAAGGGGGAGGCCGGGCGCCAGAGUCGGGAAGCGAGGAGCCCACCGUGCUGCACGUGGAGGGGGGCACACGCGUGUGGGCACACACACACGUGCACCCACACUCGAGGGCACUGGCCCUUUGCCCCGGUGGGCCUUCUCCCACGGUGCUGAGAGGCUGCCAGUUGCAGCCUGAGGCCCAGCUUCUGAGGUGCAGACCACGGGUGCCUGGGCCUCUCGGCUCCCGCCUUCCCCACUCGCUUCAGGAUGACGAGCCAUGUGGGGGCCUCGCGCUGCCCUAGGAAGCCCCUGGGGAAGGCCCAGCCAGGCCCAGAACCGGGGCAAGACCCGUCAGCUCAGCCCCAGCCACCCCGACCUGUCAACUCUGACAGGGCCCCUCGGGGAGCGGUGGCAGGGACCGGCACCAGGCCUCACUCACCCCGCACCCGGGCCUCGUUGGCAGCAGCUGACUCACACAGGGGCUCCGAGGCCCACACCCCAGGGAAGCUUUUUUUUAAGAUUUUAUUUAUUUAUUUGAGUGAGAGAGAGCACAAGCAGGGGAACAGGCAGAGGGAGAAGCAGGCUCCCCGCCGAGCAGGGAGCCCGACGCGGGGCUCGAUCCCAAGACCCCGGGGUCAUGGACUGAGCCACCCAGGCGCCCGGGGAGUCUUGUUCUCAUCCCCAAGCAGGGUUCUCACUGUCUUGUUUCAGCUGGGAGUUGAACAGGAGCCCCUGGGCUGUCUCUCAGGACGCCAUGAGAAACGCUAACCCCGCCAUCUGGGUUUCAGUCAGACCCCUGCCCUCACAUGCUGAUCUUUGCCCACACAGAGCUGGUGCUUACUAGAUGCUCAGAAAAUCUAAUGAGCGAACCAACAGGCAAGCGUCCGCGUCCCUCACCGGUGCCUGCUGGGGGCUGUAGGGCCCCUCGUCACUACCGCACGGCGCCCGGAACUUCACGGACACACAAGGUGAACUCGAGGCAAAGCGGGACCCACUGUGGUGUCCCCUGGGAUGACACAGCCCCAGAUCUGCAGCCACUGGCGCAGCUCAGCAAACCUCCCUCCAAGCACAGCCUGGAGCCAGACGAACAUGCACAGAAC